UUAUCUUCGGUUAUUUACCAUAAUAAAAUAUCCCCAACAAACGGUACUUUACCUUAUUCUGCUACUUUUAUAAGGCAUAUCAAGUGUUGUCCGCAAGCUUAUUACGGUGGAAACUGUGAGUGAGACAUCAUUGUAAAAUGAAGUGCAUAGUGAUUCUCGGAUUUUGCUUAGUGGUCGUUAAUGGUAUGCCUUUUGAGUUUGCUGAAGAUGAAGAAGGACUAAAAUAUUACAUGGUGCCUUUAAGCAGGGAGAGGAGAGAAGCCCCUAAGAUUGACUGGAAUCCGAAGCCGGAAGAACCCAGACUCCGUGUAAAUGGUGAUGCAGGUCAUGGUCCAUCUGGUACAGAUUUUCGCGGAACUGCUGAAUACGACUUUUACAGGAAUAGGGAUCUGACUGUAGGAGCAGGAGGAUCAUAUGGAAGGCACUAUGGAGGACCAGGAGGAACUGGACCUCCAUCAUCUGGAGGGCACGCUUACAUUCGUUACAGAUUUUGAGAACUAAUAUAUGAUCAGUUUACUUUCUUUACUAGAUAAAUAAAGCUUAUGUAAAAGGAAUUCCUAUUA